GUGCACAACCUUACAAACGGUAAACCACAUAGACUUGUGGUCUAAACGAUUUACAAGACUACAACCCCUCCCCAAUCCAACGCUCUUAGAUCGUAAGCUUCCAAAUAUUGCCACUGAACGCUAUUGAUCAUACUCUGUCUUGAUCAACAACCUUCGUUAUUUAAUUCACUCCAGAGUAAAAAGUGUGAUAACUUAUCCCGUUCUCUUUUACAUCCUGGAGGUGGAGUCAAGACAAAGAGAUGAUGAACACUGAUAAGUAAAAGAAGGUCUCAUGAUUAGAUUUUAGUCCUACUGUCCUGGGUGUGUGUGUGCGCUCCUACUGUUCUGCUGUGAUCGAGGCUCUGAGCUCAGUUGGUGGUAUUGUCGUCUGGUGGUCAAGUGAACCAUGCAUUCCAUUUUUGAAAGCUCACGUCAAUGCCCACAUGCAGCUAACCUUGAAGAUACAGACGUCACACAAUGUUCAAAGUCAUCCAGUGUGAAUGGGGAUGCUGUAACUGACAGCACUGGUCAAGGGUUGUCUUCAAAUGGAGAUCAAGACCUGCAUAGGGUUCCGGCUGAAAAUGGUAAAAUCAAUGAAAGCGAGCUGGAAAACAGAGACGUUCAUCUUGAGAGGAACUGGAUUCCUCCUAAUUUGCCCAGUAGAUGUACAUGGAGUCUGGGUACAAGUACUUCAGAAUCACCUCAUAGCCAGCCACCACGCACCAAGGCCUCCAGUAUCCUCCCAAACAUCCUGGGGAAAAUUGGACACACACCUCUGGUACGCUUGAACAAAAUCCCAAAGGAGUUUGGACUCAAGUGUGAGAUUUUGGCCAAGUGCGAGUUCUUCAAUGCAGGGGGAAGUGUGAAAGACAGGAUUGGCCUGCGGAUGGUGGAAGAUGCUGAGAGAGCCGGGAUCCUCAAACCGGGGGACACAAUCAUUGAGCCAACUUCUGGCAAUACAGGUAUCGGUAUUGCCCUUACAGCAGCAGUGAAAGGCUACAGAUGUAUCAUAACCAUGCCGGAGAAGAUGAGCAUGGAGAAGGUGAAUGUGAUGAGAGCUUUGGGGGCCGAGGUGGUGCGCACACCUAAUUCUGCAGCUUUUGACUCACUGGAAUCUCACGUGGGCGUAGCUUGGCGUCUUCACCAUGAGAUCCCCAACUCACACAUCCUCGAUCAGUAUCGCAAUGCCGGCAACCCCCUGGCUCACUAUGAUACCACAGCCGAGGAGAUACUGGAGCAAUGUGACGGUAAACUGGACAUGUUUGUGGCUGGAGCUGGAACAGGUGGUACACUUACUGGGGUUGCUCGGAAGUUGAAAGAGAAGUGCCCCAAUAUAAAGAUUGUUGCUGUGGACCCGGAGGGCUCCAUUCUGGGUGACUCAAAAGAGAAGGAAAAGAAGCUUUCUUUUGAAGUGGAGGGCAUUGGAUAUGACUUUGUCCCCACAGUGCUCGACAGAUCUCUGGUGGAUUUGUGGUAUAAAAUUUCUGAUGUGGAGACUUUCACAAUGGCUCGUAAGCUCAUCAGAGAGGAGGGUCUUCUCUGCGGUGGCAGCUCGGGCUCAGCCAUAUCAGCAGCUGUAAAAGUGGCUCAGCAACUUGAGGAGGGACAGCGCUGUGUUGUCAUCCUGGCUGACUCGGUCCGCAACUACAUGUCAAAGUUCCUGAGUGAUGAUUGGAUGUGUGAGAAAGGCUUCUACAGUCUGGAGGCCCCAGUAGAUCCCAAACCAUGGUGGUGGAACAUGACUGUCCAGUGUCUACACCUGUCUGCCCCCAUCACCUUGUCACCAGAUGUGUCCUGCCAGAGCGCCAUUGAGAUUCUAAAAGAGAAAGGAUUCGAUCAGGCCCCGGUCAUCGAUGAAUCAGGUCAGAUCCUUGGGAUGGUUACUCUACAAACCAUUCUGUCCUCUGUGUCUGCGGGCAAGACUGAUCCCUCAGACGCUGCCCGAAAGGUGCUCUGCAAGAAUUAUAAACAGCUGCACCUGACUGACAACCUGGGGAAGCUGUCCUGUAUUCUUAAAACAGAAAACUUUGCACUGGUGCUGCAUGAUCAACUCCAGUACACUGCUGAUGGGUCAGCUUGCCUGAGGCCGAUGGUGCUUGGUGUUGUAACAGCAAUUGACCUUCUCAACUUCAUCACCACAGAUGAGAGGCAGAAGAGUUCCUCUUCAUAUCAAUGCUCUGCGUAAGACGACACAGUAUAUCUGUCAAUAAAGGCUUUUUACUCUUUGCUCACCGGAGGGAGCUCUUGAGUACAUGAAUAAGUCAGAGAUGUGUAAUUUGCAUAAGUAAUUGGAUUUUUCAAAUAAAGAAAAUAUCCUAAUAUUC